AUGUACUUCCAGUCGACGCUCAUCGUCUUGUGCUCGCUCGCUUCGGUCGCGUUCGCCGCCAUGAGUCAGGGAGGUCAGUCCAAGCGUCCGUUGAGAGAUUGAGGUUGCUGCGGUGUAUUUUGGGGCCGGCAUUUGCACUGAGCGAUGCGUACCACUCACAGAUCUCAACUUCACACGCGACUACAUCGUGGCCUACAGCCCAACCCUCUACAACAGAACCGAAGAUUUCUGUCAUGCCUUCCGUGCAGUCGUGAGUUCAGUGUUCGUGCAGGCACCGCCUUCGAGGCCAGAGACUUCGGGGCCCGAUCGGUGGGCAGUCGCGUGCUUGAUGUAAUGUACUGACGCGUAAUAAAUCCCUGUUCAUUUCGUUUUUUAAAGUGUGUCGAAAUUGCUGGGUCCAAAAAUGAACAUCACCAACUCGAUUGGUGAGUUGCACUCCUUCAGAAAGCCCGGAGAUCCUCGCAGCCUCGCUUGCUGACUGCGGACCGCCUCCUCCUUGGUGCAACAGCGUCUUUUCCCAAAAAGGUCCCCGAAUCCAUGCCUUCUGUGGCGGGAUCACCAAGAAUCCUACGGGUGGUUGGACCAGAGGCCAACCGGUGUUCGAUCAUGUGAGUCGAGUCUCGAGAGCUUUGUCAAAGUCUGGAAUGUACACUCGUUUCGAUUUCUCUGUCAGCUGACAAUUGGGAUCGCCCUACCACCGCAUUCUGAUUGACGUUCUCACCAAAGACCCCGGAGGCCGCCAAGGAAAUCAACGCAACGAUCAAAGGACAACCUAUGGGCAAGACGGCUUGCCUCAAGUUCAAGAAGAAGCACUCGCCCAUCGUCUGUUGA